AUGCCGUGGUUUUGGGGAGCCGACAGCAUUGAGGGUUGUGCGGGUGGUGUCAUGGAAACAGGAUCCUCAGCAUCUGGGGGACCCGCUCAGGUGCUUGGGCUACGACGGCUAUCCUUUGCCUAUCAGGGCCUUCUUGAGAUUCCUUAUGACAUCAUCCUGGAACAGCGGGACACACUGGAGGUCCUGGACCUGAGUUACAAUCUCCUAGACGACUGCUAACGGAGUCCGGCUCUUCUAGGAGAGUUGGAGAAGCUUACAACCCUUAUCCUGGACUGCAACAACUAUAGCGCUCAUGUGAAAUUUCCUUAUAUGCCCAGUUUAAGCACUUUGUGGAUGAACAAGAAUAAGAUCUGCAAUCUACCUAUUAUUGUAGAGGAAAUACGCUGCAAAUUCCCCAAUAUUAAGAUUCUCAGUAUGAUGAACAAUGAAGCCGCACCAAGUUAUUUCAAUGGGGGGAGUCUGACCCAGUAUAUUGAUUACAGGCAGUAUGUAAUAAGCCAGAUUCCUGGUUUGGAGGUGCUGGAUGACACGGAGGUUCAGGGGAAAGAGCGAGUGCUGGCCAGGAAGACCUACAGGAUGCAGAGGAUCCGUGAGGGAGCCAAGAGAAGGAAGGAGCUCCAUCGUUAA